AUGGCUGAUCAGGAUGUCAAAGAUUUUUUGACAGCAUGGAAUUUACAACAAUACAUUCCUGUAUUUGAAGAAAAUGACAUAGACAUAAAAACUCUUCUCUUCUUAAAAGAAGAAAAUAUGAUCAAAGAACUUAUCCCAUCAGUUGGUCACAGAGCUCGUUUUAUAUCAAACUUAGAAGAUUGGAGAGCGAUUAUUAAUUCAGGAAUGCCGAAUACCUCAAACGUCUCAAACACAAUUACUGAUUCACAUACAUCCAGUGGUAGUUUGGCUAGCAGUUCUAUAACAGUUGAAGAUAAUUGCAGCUUCCAAACAUUAGACAACAGUGAUUUAUCUCAGAUUUUAUCACCGCAAACUUUUGAAGGUAAUACGUUCAGCAAUACAGUUUAUCUUCAACUUGAAGAAUUACUGAUCAAAGAAAAUAGUAGUACAUCUCAAGAUGUGUCUGACGCUCAGCCAUUCAACUCAGAGUUAUUAGAUUUGCUCAAAAGUGCCAAUGCUGGUAGAGGGUUACUGGCAACUUAUUUAAAAAGUGGACUACUGGAUAGUAUUGGCCGAAAGCGUCUGUGUAAUAUAAUAAUCAACAAAGAACUUCAAGAUGAUGUCCAUCGCAAAGUACCAUCAUCAAGGUUACAAGAUUUGGCAUACCAAAUAACAACAAUUUUUAAUAAGGAACAUACUGCAACAUAUUUCAUACCGUAUAAUAUAUCUUAUGGCCCAGGACUUAAAAGAGCAGCAAAAGGAAAACUUCUGGAUUGCCUUUAUAAUAAAAGAAGAGAUUAUCGUAAAUCUGGAUUAAUCAGUCCAUCUAGAAACAGUUCUACAUCUUCAUCAGAACAUUCAUCUCCCAUUCCAUUACCAGAAGCAUUACGCUCAUUAGACGACAAAACAGAAGAUAAUGAAGCAUUAAUUGAGGACAAUUUGAAUUGGUUGCAAAACUCAAGCGAUCCGUGGAAUAUAGUUGAAAACAAAUGGAUCACUACUGCUAAUACUCGACUAAAGAAAUUAAUGUCUCAAGAUAGUCCAACUAUUGCUGAGUAUAUGGCACAAUUUCCAUCUUUAAGAAAACCUGCUGGGUAUACUCUUAUUUUUAAAGACUUUGAUGUGGCCUAUCCUGGAUUUAGUGAUCGAUUGUAUCAAAGUCUACCACUGUGCAAAAAUAAAAUUUCCGAACUGGCAACAGAGAAAAUUAAUAAAUCUAAGGACCUUUCAACCAAUCAACUUUUGAAGGAGUAUGUGCAGUUGAGCUCUGAAGCUCUAAUUGUAAAAACCAAAUUGUUAAUGUUUUUAAAGUUAAUCAUUAAUAUUAUAGUCAUUUUUGUUAAUCUGAUUUUUUUAAAUAAUAUAAAUGAUCAAACUAUAGAAAACGAGGACAUUUCGAAUCUUGCUGUUUUACUGUGUCUACCAUUUCUGAUUGGCGUGUCCAUUUCUAAAGGAAAAAAAGCAAAACUGCAAUGGAGACCAUCGAAAGUAGAGAUGAGAGAUGGUUUUAUAACGCAUGUGCUGAGUAGUGCCGAAGUACAAGAAACAAUAUCAAGAAGAAGAGAUAAAUUGGUAGGAUUAGGCCAAACUUUACAGCCAUUUGUGUUAAUAGUGGGUUCUUCUUUAAAAGAGAUAUCUAGUUACUUUGUUGUAAUUGAUAAUACAUUUUAUCGUUUAAAUUCAAUCAUUUCAGCAGUCGAUUGUUGUUUCAAAAUUAUAAUCACACUUAAUGCUAAUUAUCCAUCAGAGAGUGAAGCUGUUUGGUAUUUUAUACAAAAAGGGUUAUACAAAUUAAAUACACCGUUGGAUAAAAACUUUACAGCAGUCAAUGCUUUUUUAUCAGAUGUUGGAAUAACUAUUUAA